AUGGACUUGGUACCUUCUCUCGCUGAUGACAGCUCUUCUAACUCCUCCUUUGGCCUCUUAACCCCAGAGAGCAGUCCGUUAUUUCGUCCUUCUCAUCCCAAAGAUGCUUUCCCUACGCACAUUGCACAGAUCCUCAAUGAUUGUCAGCAGGAAAUACCAGCGACCACUAACCGGUGUGACACCGGGGAAGCCCCCAGAACCGUCUCGCCAGAGAACCCUUGCAUCAGUCGAAUAUGCGUGAUCGGAGCUGGCUACGUGGGCGGACCUACUGCCGCAGUGUUGGCCUUGCAUAAUCCAUCCGUUCGCGUGGAGGUUUUGGACAAAGACCAAGGCCGUAUCACGAGAUGGAACUCUGGUCAUCUACCGAUCCAUGAGCCUGGUCUUAAUGAUAUUGUCCGAUUGACAAGAGACGGCGCUCUUACAAAUGACCCAGCGGCGGGAUCAAACCUCAUUUCGAGACGCGAUCCUAAUCUUUUCUUCACAUCUGACACCGCUGGUAGCAUAGGCGCCGCGGACAUGAUCUUGUUGGCAGUCAACACGCCUACGAAGAAGUCUGGAGUGGGCGCUGGAAGGGCAACGAACAUGACUGCCUUGGACGGUGCUGUGAAAGAUGUUGCGCUCUAUGCCAAAGCCGGAGCCGUUAUCGUCGAAAAGAGCACGGUACCAUGCGGAACUGCUCAACGAAUCAGGCAAACGCUUGGAUCCCUGAGGCCUGGCGUUUCUUUCGAGAUCCUUUCGAACCCCGAAUUUCUCUCCGAGGGAACAGCUAUCAAAGACCUCUUGAACCCGGACCGUGUCAUAAUUGGUUCGGCAGAAUCUUCGUCUGGGCAAGUCGCGGCUGAUCUGCUCGCAAACCUCUACACUGCAUGGAUUCCCCGGAAUCAGAUACUCCAGAUCAACGCUUGGUCGUCUGAGCUUUCGAAGCUGGUCGCUAACGCGAUGUUGGCUCAACGCAUUAGCAGCAUCAACUCUAUCAGUGCUAUUUGCGAAGCGACAGGAGCAAACGUCAACGAAGUGGCCAAGUCUAUCGGCCUGGACGCCCGAAUCGGGCCGCAAUUCCUCAAGGCUGGCAUAGGCUUCGGAGGGUCUUGCUUCAGAAAGGAUAUUGCCAGCCUCACAUAUCUAGCGGAAUCCCUGGGACUAGACGAGGUGGCCGAGUACUGGAGCCAAGUCAAUUCGCUCAAUGUCUCUCAACGGCGGCGUUUUGCGAGAAGAAUCUUGAGGCGAUACAAUGAGAAUCUGGCAGGCAAAAAGAUUGUCAUGCUUGGGUUUGCCUUCAAGAAGAAUACAGGCGAUGCUAGAGAGUCUCCCGCUGUGGAUGUCAUCAAGAAUCUUCUUGACGAGCAGCCCGCGGAGAUUGCAAUCUUCGACCCAUACUGCAACGAAGAAGAUAUUUUGAGGGAAAUCAGCAACUGCGGAACAGCGGACGAUGCGAGCACACCAUCUCGGGUUAAAAUUUAUUCAGAUCCAUAUCAAGCCUGCGCCGACGCCAAUGCGGUCCUGGUUAUCAACGACUGCGAUCAAUUUCGAAACACAAUGCGGGAGCCGCGGAUGGACAGUGCCAUUGCAGCAGCCUCAAAGCUUGACAGGACAUUCUCGGACGAGUGCAUUUCAGAGCUUGGGGCUUUAUCACUUAUCAGUGAAAGGGGAAGUCAAUCUCUACAAGGCAUCGAUUCUGUGGCUGGUCUUCGCGUCGAACUCAAGCCUAUUCCUGUGUGCCCAAAGGAUUGCCCUGACUGCAAGUCGCGAUCCAGCAGUCCUAUCACCAAAGAACCUGUUGAAUGGGCGAGAAUUGUAUAUAACAUGAGGGAACCCAAGUGGGUGUUUGAUGGCAGGGGUGUCCUAGAUGUGGACGCACUCGAGAAGUUGGGCAACGUGAGAGUGGACGUGGUCGGAAGAUGGAGGCCUGAAGAUGGACAGCGGAGUUGGUGAGGACGGUCGUCAAGUAUUGCCUUUCCAUUUUCAUUUUCUAGACUCAACAUUGGUGAUGGGUGCGUGAUUUCAUGGGAUUGACCUAACAUUCUGGCAAAGCAUUUAUAUCCCCACUGGCUUACAACGGUGUUCGGUAUAGUUUUAAGGACGAGCUGUUUUCCAAACGGCCGUAACCAAAGUUUAUGUCGAUCAUCAAUCAAUC